GUUAACAUUGCUAAUGAAAUUGCAAACCCUAAACCUAAAUGGUUUUGGCUCCAAAACAAGGGAGGCCGUUGGAUCUCAUCAUUUAGCUAAGCAUGCAUCUCAUCCUUUGAUCUAAUCUGAGUCAAAUUUUCAAAUUUGAUGUAUAUUUCCUAUGCACUUAUCCAAGUUUUGACUCAUUAGUUAUCCUCCAAUUCCCAAAUUGACUCCACACUUAUCGAUGUCCACCUCUUUCUCCUUCAUUUUUAAGUUCUCUUCUCUCCUCUCCCAUUAUUCCUUCUUUAUGUGUUGGAAUUUAGAUUGCUUUUACUCAAAAAAAUCUCUUCGCCCUUUGAGUUGUUCAUCUUCCACCUCACUCUCAGACAUUCAAACAAAAUUCUCUGCCGUUGUCGCUCUCUCCGUCGCCGCAGCUCUCUCCUGUCGUCGCCCUUCACCAAUGCUCUCGAUUCCGACAUCACCUUCGCCGUUGUCGUCUGCGGCAUCGUAUCAGCCAGGUUUUUGGUGGUUUCAGGGUGCUGUCAUGGUGCUGUUGGCAGUUUAGUUGUUGGUUUCAGCUGCUGGCUAGCAUCUAUAGGGUUGGCGGUUGCAGCUGUUUGGAUCUAUAGCUUUGUGUUUUGCAAUGACUAUAAACAAAAGUCAGGGACAAUCACUUAAGCAAGUUGGCAUCUAUCUUCCACAGUCGAUCGUCUCACAUGGGCAGCUAUAUGUUGCAAUAUCACGUGUUACAUCAAGGGAUGGUCUGAAGAAAUUAUUAACGGAUGACAAUGGAGAUUGUAUCAGCACCACUUCAAAUGUAGUUUAUAAGGAGAUAUUCGAAAAUGUGUGACCCAAU